AGAAGCCGUCUCGGCUGCUACGAUUGGACGAUGCUUCGUUUCCAUAGACAUCACAACGGUUUUGACAUGGCGCUUACCUGCCUGAACCAAAAGACAGUCUGUGUAACACCCGUGUGUCUGUAAUGCAACUUUCGUGUCGAUGAUCAUGGUGCCACGGUCCGAUGGCAUAUUUUGUUUCUGUUUUUGGCUAUAUCUGUAUGCCUUCAUGGAAGAUGCCCGCGGCAGUGUUGUUUUCCAACCUGCUUUCGUGUUCGCCUCGGGUCCGACCGUGACUGCCCUCUUACUCGGAAACACGUCCGGCGUUUCAUUCAUGCUGAGGACCUCUGUCCCAUCGAAUUCAACAGGGAGCCUUCCUAUUGCUUCCUGUGCAGGAAAUAGCUCUGGGCAGUGGCAACUAACAGCAGAAACAGUAGGACAGAACACGCUGAAAGUGACGCUGCGCCUGAAUCGAACCCUGCAGCUGUGUGGCAGGGGCCUUAAUCAGACAGACUGCUGUCCAGAGGCACUGUGUGUUGUGGAAGCUCUGCAAGUAACAGCCUGCCUCCACAGUGUGGCUCAGGACACCUUAGUGGUGCAGGCCGAGAUCUACGCGCAGAUCCCCUUCACUGGAAACGUCUCGGACAAUAAAACAGUGAUCCCCAAUCAAGCCUACCAGCCCCUUGGCUCAUGCCCUUGUGAUCUGACGGUGGGUUCCUGUGACGUGCGCUGCUGCUGUGACCAGGAGUGCACACCUGAGGCGAGACAGCUGUUCAGCUCCCGGUGCUUCCUGGGGAUAUUCGGCGGGAACGUCACUCCUCCCUUUGACCAGCAGUGCUCUGUGCAGUCAGCCAACAACAGUCCUGACUGGUUCCCAUUCCUGUGCGUGUGCUCCCCCCCAGCUAACAGCCCCUUCCUGGGGCUUUUCUACCAGGGAGCCACAGUGAGUCCCAAACCGCGUCCGUUUUUCCAGACUCCCAUUUUCCCUGUGGCUGUGCCCUUCGAUAGUUACAAACAGGGCGAUCCCAUUUUCACCGCAAGUGGAGAGUAUUUCACAAUUCCGCAGCAAUCCCUGGUUGGCCAGUGCAUGUGGAGCGCCCCUGUGGCUUAUCUGCAGAAUUUCCAGUCCAGCUGCAAUGUCUUGCUUACUACCUGCGAGACAAAUCCAGCCCUGUGCCUCAGAGCCCCUGAUCUCAGUCUCAACAUUAACAAUGGGCUCGGAGGCACUGUUACCAUCAGCGUGAGUGAAGAGAUUGUCAGUGACUUAAGCACGUUUGUCUCUGAUCCUAAUGGAGCAGGAACACUUAGUGCUACACAGUCAUCCCUGUUCCCUGGAAGUAAACCACCUGGUGCAAACUCAGAACCCCAAGGGCUUUGUGGAAAUGUGACCCUGUCACUUGACUACACAUUAUUUUGGAAGGGAAAUGGCCUCACAAACAUAACAGUGACUCACACAAUAGGAACUGUGUGCUCCAAUCCAAAUGGCACCCUGCCUCUGACCCUGACCCAGAGGUUUGCUGCAGUGUUUGUCAGUGGGAACAUGGCCUCACAGACGAAUUCAGGAAAUCCAGGAUAUCAGAUUGGGAGGCCUGUCAUUGCUGCAAAGGAAGAAACUGGGGACAGUGGGUUGACCAGGACGUCCAUUAAUUUGUGGCAGCCAGUUGGGGAUGGUCUUUGUGCUUCUGCCAGAACUACCCCCGUUUUGUUUGGAGAAGAUUCAUCGACAGGCUGCUUAUUGCGACUUAGUCUGCAGGAUAUGUCUAACUGUAGUCAGCUGAGGGAAACUGUACAGGAUGGUUUGGCUGCACUGGUGAACGCAACUUACGUUGCAAAAAAAGGCAACUCAAAUUUGUCCAGCCUGACAGAAUGGGUGCCAAUAAUCAGUGUGCAACCCAAUACCACCAGCAAUGCAACAGGUAUAUCUGGCACCUGUACACAGGUCCCCGCUCACCUGAAUAUCCGAAUUGCCACAUCCGUGGCAGGGGCAGUGGCAGGAGUGCCACAGCAGGAAAUACUGGCUGUGGAGGUUAGGUACGCUCUGACAACAUGGGCGGUCCGGUGCGGUGGGGGCGACACAGCCCCAUGUGUGAACAGCUCUGUUGUUCAGUCUUUUCCCGUCUCCGUGUCCGUGACAUUUCUUGCCAUCCCUUCGGAGCCCCUUCCCCCCAAAACCAGAUUUCAGAUCAAUUACACAGAAUAUGACUGCGAUAGGAAUGAUGUUUGCUGGCCUCAGCUCGCCUUCCCACUGACUAGAUACUACACAGGCGAGCCAUACUCCCAGUCUCUGGCCAAAGGAUUGAUACUGGUGUUCUUUUUCAUAGCAGCAUCUGUUCUGGGGACUCCUUGGAAUCAGAUACGACAAGCCUGGAAUAACACAACAUUUUGAACUUACAAAUUGUUAGACCAUGACUGUUUCAUAUGAAAUUAGAUUUUUUUACACUGUGUUAUUUUUUGGGUCAUGAAUAGGGUGUGGAUGCUUAUUGAGUCAUAUGGUACAUUUGUAAAUUGUACACAUUUAUGUACACAAAUUGGAAUUUGUAUUUUUAAAUAAAAUUAAUUUAUAAUGCUG